AUGCUAAGUUAUCGUAGCGUUCGGCGGCUGUGCAAGCAAAUCAAGUCACGGCGGUUCAAAUUGUAUCUAUUACAGCUCUGAUAGAUGUUAUUAUUGUUAUAAAUAAUCGAAGAAAGAGAUGUCUGAUAAAGAAGAGAAUGACCCGUCAAAAGAUGAUGGAGACGAGGAGGACGAUGAUGUUGAAGCCCAGGGUGACUCAGGUGACGAGGAUCAGGAUGAGGAUUGGGGAGGAGGGGGGGGAGGUGGAAGUUCUAAGCGCAAGAGGAAGAAGAGUAAGAAGCGUAAAUCAUCAAGAAGUGAAAGAGGAAGAAAGAAGAAGAAGAGGAAGCCUGGAAGUGAAAGUGAAACAGAAGCCCAGGAUGAUGCUGAGCAGGAGUCGGAUGGCGAGGCAAGCAAGUCCCGCAGCCGAGCCAAAGCCAGGAGCCGCGCUACUGCAACACCUGCUGCUGCAUCAUCUGCUGCACCGGCAGCUCACUCUGAUGCUACCAAUGAUGACAUGCCCACGGUUGCUGAAGUGUGUGAGAGUUUUGGCCUGAAGGAUGUUGAAAUUGACUAUUCUCCUGAGGACUACUCGUCCCUCACCACAUUCAAGCUCUUCCAGCAGCACAUCAGGCCUCUUCUUGCCAAAGAUAAUCCCAAGGUUCCAGCCCCGAAGUUGAUGAUGCUUGUGGCGGCGAAGUGGCGCGCGUUCUGCAGCCAAAAGGAGGAGGAUCUGCCAGGCGAGGAGGAAGCUCAGCAGUUUGAAGAACCUGAGCAGGAGGGGGAAGAUGAAGAGGAGGAAGAGGAAGAGGAGGAGGAAGAAGAAGAGGACGAGGAUGAGUCCAAUACGCAAGGAAAGUCAUCAAGCAACAAGACGCGCGGCCGCCCUCGUAAGGCUCGUCACGACGAAGAUGAGGAGGAAGAUGACGAGGAUGAGAGCGACAGCGGCGGGAGCAAGAAGAAGGGGCGUGGCCGCAAGCGCGGGGACAAGUCCAGCAAGAAGGCCAAGGUGCCCACUCUCAAGAUUAAAAUUGGCAAGCGCAAGAAAGAUAGCUCAGACGACUCUUCAUACCAGGAUAGCGAUGCAGAGUUUGAGCAAAUGCUAGCCGAGGCCGAGGACAUGAACAAGCAGGAGGAUGAAGCUGAGACCAAUGGCGCGCGCACCAAGAAAAAAGGAAAAGCUGCCAUCAAGAGAACCAAGAAGAAGAAGAAGUCCAGUAAUCAGGAUGGCUAUGAAACCGACCACCAGGACUACUGUGAAGUAUGCCAGCAAGGCGGUGAGAUCAUCCUGUGCGACACGUGUCCACGCGCCUACCAUCUUGUGUGCCUCGAGCCUGAGCUGGACACGGCACCUGAGGGCAAGUGGUCCUGCCCCUCCUGCGAGGCUGAUGGUGUCAAGGAUGACAAGGAAGAUGAACAGAAAAAUGAAUUCUGCAAAAUUUGCAAGGAGAAUAAUGACUUGAUCUGCUGUGACUCGUGCCCCAACUCCUACCACAUGUGGUGUCUUAAUCCUCCGAUCUUUGAGGCUACUUCUGGAGACUGGACUUGCCACCGAUGUGCUUGUGAUCCUCUGCCGGGCAAAGUCCAGAAAAUUCUCUUCUGGAGGUUUGUGGAUAGUCCCAAACCACCAGACAACUGGAAGGAGAAUGUUGGUGAAGAGAAGGCUGAGAAGUACAACCUAAAACAGCUGCGCGAGUUCCUCGUGAAGUGGCAGGACAUGUCGUACUGGCACUGCUCCUGGAUCAGUGAGAUGCAGCUUGAAGUCUACCACCCGCAGAUGCUAAGGUCGUACUUCAAGAAGUGCGACCCUGACGAGCCUCCCAUACCAGGGAUGGAUGAUGACGAUGACGUUGCUUCUUCCAGCAGACGCCGCAAGAAGGAGAAUCUUGAUAUUGACCCGAACAGUCUGGAAGAAAGAUUCUACAAGUAUGGCAUUAAGUCGUCAUGGCUGAAGAUCCACCGGAUCAUCAACCACCGGACGCUACGUGAUGGCAUCACCCAGUACCUGGUAAAGUGGCGCGACUUAUCGUACGAUCAGGCCACCUGGGAGGACGAAGAUGAGGACAUUGAAGGCCUCAAGACCGCCGUCGAGUACUACCAGGACCUCCGGCAAUCCUGCAAUGCCGAUGGUGGUUCUCGGGGUGUGAAGAAGAGUAAGAAGAAGAGCAAGAGUCGGUGUCGCGAGUUGGGAGAAGAGGAGCGGGAGCCGUCGUCGCCGCGGCGCUACACUCCUCCUCCCGACAAGCCCACAACGAACCUCAGCAAGAAAUGGGAGGUGCAGCCUGAGUACAUCGACGCCACCGGCCUGUCUCUUCACCCUUACCAGCUCGAGGGUGUUAAUUGGCUCAGGUAUUCAUGGGGUCAAGGGACGGACACUAUUCUUGCUGAUGAAAUGGGUCUCGGGAAGACCAUUCAGACCAUUACAUUCCUGUACUCCUUGUACAAGGAGGGGCACUCGAAGGGACCGUUCAUAGUGUCAGUGCCGCUCUCAACCAUCAUCAACUGGGAGAGAGAAUUUGAGGCUUGGGCUCCCGACUUCUACGUUGUGACGUACGUCGGUGACCGCGAGUCCCGCAUCAUGAUCCGCGAACAUGAGUUGUCGUUCGAUGAGGGCGCCGUGCGAGGUGGGGCUAAGGCUUCCCGUAUCCGUACCACGAAUAUCAAGUUCCAUGUGCUGCUCACCUCCUACGAGAUGAUCUCCAUGGAUCAAGCUUGUCUUGGAUCUCUUGAGUGGGCUUGUUUGGUGGUGGAUGAGGCACACAGGCUGAAAAACAGCCAGUCAAAGUUCUUCAGAGUGUUGAACGCAUACAACAUCCGCUACAAGCUGCUGCUGACUGGAACACCUUUACAAAAUAAUCUCGAAGAAUUGUUCCAUUUGCUGAAUUUCUUAGCUCCAUACAAGUUUGCCGACCUGAGCUCUUUCCAAAACGAGUUCGAAGAUAUAGCCAAAGAAGACCAAAUCACCAAACUGCAUGACAUGUUGGGUCCCCACAUGUUGCGACGUCUCAAGGCCGACGUUUUGAAGAACAUGCCUUCGAAGUCCGAGUUCAUCAUUCGUGUGGAGCUCUCAGUAAUGCAGAAGAAAUACUACAAGUAUAUUCUCACGCGCAACUUUGACGCACUGAACUCGCGAGGUGGCGGCCAGCAAGUCUCUUUGCUGAACAUCGUCAUGGACCUGAAGAAGUGCUGUAAUCAUCCUUACCUCUUCCCUGCGGCUGCUGAAGAAGCUCCUAAAAUGCCAAAUGGAAUGUACGAAAUCAACGCCCUCACUAAAGCCUCUGGAAAGUUCCUCUUGUUGGAUUCCAUGCUGAAAAGGCUCAAGCGAGAUGGCCACAGAGUGCUCAUCUUCUCUCAGAUGACGAAAAUGCUUGAUAUUCUCGAAGAUUUCUUGGAGGGCUGCGGCUACAAGUACGAGAGAAUCGACGGUGGCAUCACCGGCUCGCAGAGACAGGAAUCUAUUGACAGAUUUAAUGCUCCAAACGCGCAACAGUUCGUGUUUCUGCUGUCAACUCGCGCUGGUGGUUUGGGCAUCAAUCUCGCCACUGCGGACACGGUCAUUAUUUACGACUCUGACUGGAACCCUCACAAUGACAUCCAGGCCUUCUCUCGCGCCCAUCGUAUCGGCCAAACUAACAAGGUGAUGAUCUAUCGAUUCGUGACCCGCAACUCGGUGGAAGAGCGCGUUACGCAGGUCGCCAAAAGGAAGAUGAUGUUAACACAUCUUGUGGUGCGCCCUGGUUUGGGUGGCAAAAAUUCGGCCAACUUUUCGAAGCAGGAACUUGAUGACAUCCUGAAGUUUGGUACGGAAGAACUCUUCAAAGAAGAGGAGGGUAAGGAGGAUGAAGAAAUUCACUAUGAUGAGAAGGCUGUGGAAGAAUUGCUGGAUCGCUCUAGGGAAGGAAUCGAGCAGAAGGAAAACUGGGCCAACGAGUACCUGAGCUCCUUCAAAGUAGCAUCUUACGUCACCAAGGAGGGAGAAGACGAGGAGCAGGAAGACGUUGAAGUGCUGAAGCAGGAAGCAGAGACUACUGACAACCAGUAUUGGGAGCGUCUGUUACGGCACCACUACGAGCAGCAGCAGGAAGACCUUGCUCGCACGCUCGGCAAAGGCAAACGUAUCAGAAAGCAGGUUAAUUACAACGAUGCCGCUGAGGGCCGAGAAGACGCGAACUGGCAGGCUGAGCAGGGCUCAGACUACAACUCUGACUUCUCUCUGCCAUCUGACAAUGACAAUGACGAAGAAUUUGAUGAGAAGAAUGAAGGUGACGGCAGUCGCCGCUCCAAGAGGCGCGGUGAGCGGUCAGACCGAGACCGUCCCCUGCCGCCCCUGCUGGCGAGAGUGGGCGGCAACAUCGAAGUUCUCGGCUUCAAUGCUCGUCAGCGCAAGGCUUUCCUCAACGCUGUCAUGCGCUAUGGUAUGCCUCCUCAAGAAGCUUUCAACUCCCAGUGGCUUGUACGUGACUUGCGAGGUAAGAGCGAGAAAUGUUUCCGGGCGUACACGUCGCUGUUUAUGCGUCACUUAUGCGAGCCUGGCAACGACAACGCGGAGACCUUCGCAGACGGCGUGCCCAGGGAGGGGCUGAGCAGACAGCACGUCCUCACCAGGAUCGGUGUCAUGUCUCUCAUUAGGAAGAAAGCUUGUGAGUUUGAAGAGAUCAACGGUCAAUACUCGAUGCCUGAAGCAUUGACCAAGCCUCCUGAACUCCCUCCCGAUAUGAAGAGCGCUGCAACAUCUGGCACAGCCACGCCAGCAACGACUGCAUCACCUGCUCCAUCUGUGAAAGAUGACGAAAAGGACAAAGACAAGAAAGAUGAAACCAUAAAACUGGAUGAUGACGAAAAGAAGGAGUCUCCAGAGAAAGAAAAAGAGACCGGCGAAAAGAAGCAACAGGAAGUAGAGGAACAAGCUGCCAAGCCUGAAACCAAAACUACCGAGAAGCUCAAAGAAAAAUCAUCCGAGGAUAAGGAGGUUGUGGUGGAAGAGGCCGAGAAAAAUGGAGCUGCAAGCAAUAAGAAAGACGGCGAAAAGGUGGAUGAUGCUGCUGUGGAGUCUAAAACUACUGAUGAGAAAAUGGAAGUUGAAGAAUCCCCAGAAGCUGACAAGGAAGCUCCCAAGAAGAAUAUUGAAGGAAAACCAGCCGAAGAAUCGGAGAAAGAAAAGAGCGAGGAAAAAGAAGGCGAAGUUAAAGAUGAGAAGAAAGACGAGGGAAAGCAAGCAAUUGCUGAAAAGGAUAAGCAAGCUGAGACUGAAGAAGUUAAAACCGAAAAAGAGAAGACCGAAGGUUCUGAUGAUAAAGAAGUACAGGAAGAGAAGAAAGAAGUCAAGUCAGAAGAGAAGAAAGACGAUGAUGCGAAGGGAGGGAAGGAUGAGAGGAGAGAAAUCGUACCAGUAUCGAAGAGGAAGUUCAUGUUCAACAUCGCUGACGGAGGCUUCACCGAACUGCACACACUGUGGCAGAACGAGGAGCGAGCCGCUGUGCCUGGCCGCGAGUACGAGAUAUGGCACCGCAGACAUGAUUACUGGCUAUUGGCGGGAAUCGUGUGCCACGGGUAUGGACGUUGGCAAGACAUCCAAAAUGAUCUCCGCUUCGCUAUCAUCAAUGAACCAUUUAAAAUGGACGUGGGCAAAGGCAACUUCCUCGAAAUCAAAAACAAGUUUUUGGCUCGCCGAUUCAAGCUGCUGGAGCAGGCUCUUGUGAUAGAAGAGCAGCUUCGUCGGGCAGCAUUCUUAAGUCUGCAGCAAGACCAGAAUCAUCCUGCGUGCGCCCUCAACGCUCGCUUCGCUGAGGUCGAGUGUCUCGCUGAAUCCCACCAGCAGCUCAGCAAAGAAAGCCUUGCUGGCAACAAGCCCGCCACUGCGGUGCUCAAUAAGGUGCUGAACCAACUAGAGGAGUUGCUGUCCGACAUGAAGAGCGAUGUGACGCGCCUUCCCGCAUCUCUUGCGCGCAUUCCGCCCGUUGCUCAACGCCUUCAGAUGAGCGAGCGCUCUAUCUUAUCACGACUUGCGUCCGGUGCUACAGCGGCUGAUAAAAACUCGCCUGGUGCAGCGUCAAACCCGUUCCCAAGCCCGUACACGCCAAGCGGUUUGCUGCCAGGUUUAGCCAACACAAAUUUCGCAAACUUCCGCCCGCAAUACACGUUGCCAGGCAACAGCGGGAGUAGCAACAGCAGCAGUUCAACCACUGGUAACCGUCAGUCUUCUCAAGCGCCAGAGAAGAACUUAGUUGUCUUGGAGUAAAGAAGUGAAACUGUACAUAUUAAUCUGCGACUACUGGACGAUAUUUAUAGACUUCAGAUCUGCGUUUCUCUUUGAAUGUUCGUGAAAUUUCGAAUUGAGAUCGUUCUGUUCUACUUGCAGUUGAAAAACAAAGUGAACCUGUAAUGAUACAGUUACAUAUGACCAUUAUUCAGUCCUAACGCGUACAAUGAAAUUUUAGUAUCGUAUUUAUAAAAUAAUUAUAGUACCUUUGUCCUCUUCUGUAAUAGGGGUUAGAUGAACUCAAUAAAUGGGAUUAAUGA